AUGGGAGACAACAGUACAGAAGUUGAAAAGAGGUACCAAGUGUACACUGUGGUGUUUGGAUCUGUUAUGGCACUGGGUCUGCCUCUCAGUGCUGUGUCACUGUGGAUUCUGUUACGCCGCCACAACCUCAAAUCCCCCAGUGCUGUCUUCAUGAUCAACCUGGCCAUCUCAGACCUGCUGCUCGUCAUCUCCUUGCCCAUGAGGGUCUAUUUUUAUGCCACAGGCACCUGGCCACUGGGGAAUAUGGCAUGCAUCUGGAUCACAAUGCUCUUUCGGAACAACAUCCGCUCUAGCUCCAUCUUCAUUACUUUCAUCAGUGUGGACCGGCUGUUGGCUGUGGCUUACCCUCUGAGGUCACGACAUCUUCGCACCUCAUUGAAUGCCUGCAGAGCUGCCGUUUUCAUCUGGCUGUUUGUGUUGGUGGUGAACAUCCCAGAGAGUUUCUAUUUUUCUAGGUUUUUAAAUAACCAAACACAAUCUGCCUGUUUUGAAUUUCGCCUGUGUCCAGCUCUAUUGAUGACUGAUUAUCUUCAGCCUGUGUUAGUGCUCGCCAUGCUGGCAGUCAACAUUGUGUCCACUGCUCUGGUGUCUUGGACUCUACGCAAACACGUGACCGACUCUGCAAGGGUCAACAACAAAGUGAAUGUCAUGCUGAUUUUUGUCCUGAACUUGUUGAUGUUUGCCAUAUUUUUCUUGCCUGUGUCGCUGAUUGUUUUCUUUAAAUGUAAGAGACUCACACCACUGAUAGGUCUUGCUAGUGUGAACUGCUGUCUGGAUCCUCUGUUGUAUUAUUUUUCUUUUGAUGGUUUCUGGAAGAGAAAAGAGGACUGUGGUAGACAGGACUGUGGUAGACAGGGACAGGUGUCAUUAAAUACUGUUUAA